GUGCCGCCCCUCGAUGAAAAGUUAUGAAUUAUAUUAUAUUAAUUAUUCUGCAUAAUGAGUUAUUUUAUUGCACUUUAAACUUUCUCAGAGUAACUUUAAUCUCCUCAAAUAAAUGGACCUGAAGCUCUGGUGAGUCUCAGGGAACCAGUCCCUCGAUGUGGUCCAGACCCUGAGACCGCUUCCAUAUACGUGGACCAGGCCUCGUCCUGAUGUGGACCAGAUCCCGUCCUGCCUUGUCCCUGCAUUAGGAUCCGUCCUGGUCCCUGGAUGUGGAUCCGUCCUGGUCCCUGGAUGUGGAUCUGUCCUCGUCCCUGCAUGUGGAUCUGUCCUCGUCCCUGGAUGUGGAUCUGUCCUGGUCCCUGCAUGUGGAUCUGUCCUCGUCCCUGGAUGUGGAUCUGUCCUGGUCCCUGCAUGUGGAUCUGUCCUCGUCCCUGGAUGUGGAUCUGUCCUGGUCCCUGCAUGUGGAUCUGUCCUCGUCCCUGGAUGUGGAUCCGUCCUGGUCCCGCCUCUGCCAGGGGGCGUGUCCCCGCGCGGAGGGCGGAGCCCCGCACCCCCGUUCAUUGGACAGGGAGCGCAGGUAGACAACAAGCCGCCCAGCUCGUCCUCCUCGGGACCCGGAUCACUCGACUUUAUUCCCCUCGUUGCUCCCACAUGAACCCGGGUCGGCCCGCGGAUCUGGGACCAGCAGACCGGGACCGAAGACCCGCGUUCCGACAUGGAGAUCGAAAGCAUCAUGGCCAACAACUCGCUCGUUAAAGCCAGAGAGGGCGGGGGGGGCAAAGGCCGCAGCCUCAAAUGGAGAGACAUGCUGCGCUUCUCUCACGUGACUCGCUGCGCGGACCUGGGGAUAGCUCGGGACUACCUCCACCUGUGUGUGGAGCAGCCCAUCGGGAAGAAGCUGUUCCAGCUGUUCUGCCGGAGCCGCCCGGACCUGCAGAACUACAUCUCAAUGCAGGACGCCGUGGACGCCUUCCAGACCAAGUCGGAUGAGGAGAGGAGAGAUUUCGGCUUCCGCAUCAUUCAGAGAUUCCUCUGGAGUCAGUCCAAUCAGUGCGUGUCCAUCGUGCAGCAUCACGAGCAGAGCUGCCUCCGGAGUCUGGAGCUCGACCCCUGCAUGGACGUCUUCCACGAGUGCACGGAGAACCUCCACCAAUACCUCAGUGGAGAGCCGUUCCUCCAGUACCAGGACAGCAUGUUCUUCGACCGCUUCCUACAGUGGAAGAUGCUGGAGAGGCAGCCGAUCACCAAGCAGACCUUCAGGCAGUACAGACUUCUGGGGAAAGGAGGCUUUGGAGAGGUGUGGGCGUGUCAGGUGAGGGCCACAGGAAUGAUGUACGCCUGCAAAAAGCUGAAUAAGACUCACGUGAAGAAGAGGAAGGGCGAGACCAUGGCCCUCAACGAGAAACAGAUCCUGGAAAGGCUGAACAGCAGAUUUGUGGUGAACCUGGCGUACUCCUACGAGACCAAGCACGCGCUCUGCAUGGUUCUGACCAUGAUGAGCGGCGGCGACCUCAAGUACCACAUCCACAGCAUCGGCGCCCCGGGUCUGGAGGAGGACCGCGCCCGCUUCUACGCCGCCGAGGUCUGCUGCGGUCUGAUCCACCUCCACCAGAACGCCAUCUUAUACCGGGACCUGAAGCCGGAGAACAUUCUGCUGGAUGACCUCGGACACAUCCGCAUCUCUGACCUGGGCCUCUCGGUGAGGGUCUCCAGGGGCAGCGCGGUGCGCGGCAUGGUGGGCACGCUAGGAUACAUGGCCCCCGAGGUGAUCAGCCGGCGUCCCUACGGGGUGAGCGUGGACUGGUGGGGGCUCGGCUGCCUCCUCUACGAGAUGACGGCGGGGCGGCCCCCCCUCCACAAGCAGGGGGAGCACCUCAACCCCCCCGAGAUGGAGCGAAGGAUCCUGAAGCAGGAGCCGGAGUACGGAGACAAGUUCAGCGCAGAGGUGAAGGACCUCUGCUCCUCGGUGAGACCCUCUGCGGAGGCUGGGCUGCCGACCUCCGGGGGAGGAGACGUGACGUCGCAUCCCUUCUUCAGAGGGGUCAACUUCCGGAUGCUGCAGGCCGGACAGGUGGAGCCGCCCUUCAAGCCCGACCCCAGACUAGUGUUCUGCACCGACGUCCAGGACAUGAAGGAGUUCUCCUCGGUGAAGGAAGUCAUUUUGGACCAGAAGGACAACGAUUUUUACGCCAAGUUCAGCACAAGAAAGCAACCCAAUACCAUCAUCGAGACGGGAUGCUUCAGGGAGCUCAAUCAGUUCGGUCCAAAUGGAUCUCGAUCUCCGGACCUCGACUGGUCCCUGAACCCAGAGAUCCCCAAACGCAGCCUGCUGGACCGACUCUUUGGCAAACAGCAUCAUGAGGAAAGCAAACAGGCGUUGGUGACCAACGGAACCACCAAGUACACACUCUGAUGGGGCGCAGAGACAGAGACACGUUUCUUUGUGUUUUUCUAUUUUCUACAUCAAUGAUUGAUUUUUGAAUUUGUAUAAAAUGAAGACUAAGUACUUCCUUUUUGAUACAAGUAGCACAGAAUAUCAGCCCCCCCUUGAUGCACCGUUUGAACCCAAGUGGCUCAAUAAAGAGUUUUUUAUUUUAAA